GCGACUGAUUGUAUUCGCCUACUUACACCUGACAAGUUUUCUAAGAAAAUAACGAUGACUUGCAGAAGCUUCGUCAUUCUAUAAAGCAACAGGGAUAAGUCAGCAUCGUAAAGUGUUCUUGAUAUUUGGGGAAAACAUGUUUCAUUUCAAAAAUGAAAGCUGCGACAAAAUGUUGUUUUAUGGACUUCCUUCAAAAGAUUAUGACAUUAUUUGGAACAUAGUAGACGGUGUAAUGUUUUUACCGACAGUAUUCGGAAAUACUUUAAUUCUCAUCAGUAUAGUCCGUUUCCGGCGAUUACGGACCAAAAUACACAUUUUGAUUGGUCAUUUAGCGGCAAAUGACCUUCUUGUUGGAGCAACAUUGUUGCCACUGGAGAGUAUCGGCGAUUCUUCUCAUUAUAAUUAUGAAAAAUAUUUCUGUUUGACUAAACUAUCAGCUUUUUCUUUGACUUUAGGUGGGUCGUGCAUGGGACUAUUUCUUAUAUCGGUUGAGCGUUUCUCGGCGGUAGCAUUUCCGCUUAGGCAUGCGCAUUUCACAAAACGGAAGCUAGCAGUUGCAAUUUCUAUUGGAUGGCUAUAUGUUAUGUUCUGGACGCUUUCACCGAUGUUUGGAUGUAAUAACUUAAACGCUGACAGUAACAAUGUACAGUGUAAUGCUAGCAUUGUCUGGGGAGGAUGGUGCAAGUUCGGAAUGAAUUUAAAUUUUAUUUUGGGACUGUGUCUUAACGCCAUCUUCUAUGUAUGCGUGGUGGUAAUCGCAAUCAAGAAAGUGAAAGAGCAUGGCCGCCAAACCGGCACAAGUACAAAUCUCUUUAGAUCUCGCGAGAUGUCAAAGACGGUAACGAUGGCGGCUGUCCUAGGACUUUUCGCGCUAUUUUGGUCCCCGUAUGCAGCUAUUACAAUAAUAAUCACCGCGGAGAGUUAUUGUGAUGCAAAAUUGUACUACAUAAGGCGAUGGUUCCUUUUACUUGGGCUAUUUAAUUGCUCGAUAAAUUGGAUGAUUUAUGGACUCAAAAAUAAAGAUUUCAAGGAAGCAUUCAAAACAAUAAUCUGCAUUAGCAUGUGCGUGCAGAGAAGACGGAGAAGGAGGAUCGCUUGCAACGUCAUACAAAUGGAAAGACGUGAGAUACAGUGCUGAAAUAAUGGCUGCUGUAAACACUGU